CACUCCCAGCCACCCGAAACCCUAGUUCUCCGUCUCAAUCGGAAGAAGAAGAAGGUCUCGUGGAAGGAAGGCACCGUCGACAACGAGUUCAUGCAGAAGAAGAGCUCCAAGAAGUGCUGUAUAUUCCACAAGCAGAAGCCCUUUGACGAGGACGACAGCGACCAGGAGGAUGACCAUGGGCAUAAUCAUCACCACGGGAAUGAAAGCCCUUGCUGCUCUAGGGGAAACGGCGGGGACUCUUCAAGUAGAGUCAGUUGAUAAUUCAGAUUAACGUUGUAAAGCUGAUGUUUCGAAAGGUUACUGAAUUCGUGUUUUUGUUUUUUCUUAAUCGGUUUGACUGUCCGAUCAUCUAAUAUACAUUUUUUUUUUUGUCGAAGUAAUCGAUAACAUCUGCUUCUCGACGAACGAUAUGUUAUUUAUCCAAUCGAGGGGUUU